GCUAUAAAAAAACCAUCUUUCCAAUAAAUUUGAGCUGUUUGAUUGGAUGAUCCAAGCCUUUAUAUCCAUGACCCAUAUGGGGAACCCUCAUGUGGCACACAACUACCAAACUUGUCCUUAGAAUAUCUUACAAAUCCUGACUUUUUGGAGUUUCUGAUAUCUGGCUUGGCUCCCCAUGCCACCAUGUCAGUGUUCCAUUUGAUAUGUGGCUUCUGGGGGCUCUUGUCUGUGAGCUUUUGUACUGGUGUGGGGUGUGCUUCAUGCUGUCCCUAUCAGCUGUUUCAGCAGGGUAAUAGAAGGUUUGAACAGAAAACCGAUAGGUUUUGGAAGUUCAGUGAAGAAGCUGAUAGAUGGGUUGAAGUGCAACUGCCCUGUGAUCUGAUAUCUGGUGGUGAUAGUGAGUGUGGUAAGGUGAACACAAGGGAAGAAAGCGUGGAUCAAGAACAGGGAUUUGAUGACAAAAAGAUGAGACUAGACAGAAAAGAUGAUAAAGUAGGAGUUGUUGGGCCCUUGGAUGUGGUUCUGAUGCCUCUGAGAAAGAGAGUUUCACUGACCAAAAUGUCUGAGACAUCUGUGUGGAUCACUGGUGAAAGUGGGUCUAUCUAUGAGAGGUUUUGGAAUGGAUUGGAAUGGGUGAUGGCCCCUCAUGACUUGCCAAUAUCAGCAGGACGUGCAGUGGCAGUUUUUAUCAUCGGUCAGAUGAUUCUUGCUUUAUCUGAAUCAGGAACUCUGUAUCAGAUGCAUUUUCAACUUGGUGAAGUUUCACAACCAGUUUGGGUUGAAUUCUCACCUGCACUUGGUCAAAUUACAGAUAAUGAACAGGAGAGAAAUACUUUGACAUUGAUGAAGUCUGGUGUGGUGUCAGAUGAUGGACAAAGAUGUUAUUUCUGCACAAAGAAUGGAACUCUUGUAGAACUUGAUGUGGUCGAGUCUCCAAGAUGGACAAAUCAUGGCCAACCAGCUGGAGCAAAUGUUGCAGCAAUAGCUGCUGUUGCUUCUGCACGAGAAGCUGUAUACACCAUAAGUUCUGCGGGAGAUCUUUUUGAGUAUAAUCGAAAAUCAAAACCGUCGUGGAGGAAGCACAUAUGGCAAGAAAAAACAGCAAAAGUUUCACCUUUGAUUCCGUCUAAAGGGUGCAUUUUAAAUGGAUUAAGUGGUGAUCAUUCUGAAUCUCUGUUUCUUUUAACCAAGGAAGGCACUUUGGUGGAGAGAAGAUUGCAUCAAAGGAAGUGGAAAUGGGUAGUUCAUGGAAGUCCUGAACAACAAACUUUGACAUCUAUUACGCCAGCUUUGCAAGAUGAAUCAAGUGAAACAUUCAUUUCUUUAUUUUUUACUACUUCAGCUGGAUCUGUUUUUGAAUAUCAAAUGCCAAAACAACUAGGCAGUGUUCAUAAUAAUCAGUUUCCAGAAGCAUGGGGAAGUCAUGAGCAUCCCUCACAAGCUAAAGCAGCAAGAGGUAUAGCUGGCUUACCAUUACAAGUUGGGAGGAUACUGUAUGCACUAGAUGAUGGUAGACUUGCAGAAUUGCAUCUAGCAGGAAUAGGUGGUGAAAGUUCAGGACCAUCUGUACCGCAAAACUCUCGAAGGAAAGCAUCAAUGAAAUAUGUUUGGACUCUAUUAGAUGUGCCAGAGAGUGAAGGAUGGAAUGCAGAAUAUUGUACAGAAGAACGUGGCCCCAGAAAUUGUAUUAUAGGCACAAAAGAUGAGUCAUAUGAUUCAGGAACAAGUUCAGUAACAGGUAGGAGAAAACAAAGCCAAGCACAGAGUUAUUACUUGUCUGUAGGCACAGGUGGUGAGCUGAGUAAAUCUUCAGAAGAAGACAGUCUACCGGAUGACUGGAUUAGUAGUAACUUCCGCUUGAGACUGUUGUACGAAGGCAAGUCAUUCUUCUUAAUAAACAAUGAUGGUUUGGUUUUUGAAUACGUUUGUAUUGAGAAUGUAUGGGUAUGGUUGAAGCAUGAUAGCUCCUCAGCUAUGAGUGGUAUAGUGGGGAGCUAUAAUGGAAGUUUGUUUAUGGUUGAUACAUUUGGGAGUUUGUUCCUUAGAGAAUGGAGUGGUAACGACAUAGCAUGGAAAAAUUGCACUGCUUUGAGGAAAGGGAGACAUGUUAUUGGAGGUCAACCAUGGGACAUGUUACCAGGUAAAGCAAGGAGGGCUACAACUGAAGAUUCAAUCUUCUUUGUGAGCAAAAAUGGAAGAUUACUGCAGUUCAUGGUGUACAUGAGGAAGUUUAAAUGGAAAGAUUGCAAAAAUCCUCAAAAUGUGAAAGUUGCAAGUAUAGUUGACCAGGAAUUGUUCAGGGAAAAUAUAGUCUUUGUCACUGGAGUAAAUGGUCGGCUAUAUCAGUAUAACAAAGUGACUGAGCUGUGGCAUGAGCAUUAUCAGUCUCAACAUUUGAUUCUGUCCCAGUUUCCUGGAACAGUCAUAAGACCAUCAACAAAAUCACUCUCAGGUUCUCUCUUCAUGCUUUCAAGAGAAGGUGGACUUGUUGAGUACCAGUGGAAUACUUGGUAUGGAUGGAACUGGGUAGAACAUGGCACACCUUAUAAAGGUGUUACACUGGUUGGUUCGCCUGGUCCUAGCUUUGAAGGUAAUCAACUACUUUUGAUAGGCUCAGAUGGUAAAGUAUAUCUGAGAUACAUGGACAACAGUGCAUGGAAGUGGAAGGAUUGUGGUUUCCCCAAUAUGGGAAAUAAAAUUGUUGAAGCACAUAGUGGAAGAUUCAAUGAGGAGAAACCAGAUCAGAUUGAUGGAAAUUGUGCAUCUGGCUUGAACAAGGACCAGGAUAACAUUGUUGGCCUCAGCUUAAAUUGUGAACCAAAGGUGGCAUCCACAAGACCAAUUCCAUUUUCUGAAGGUUCUGUCAUAUUUGAGCUCAGAGAUGGCAGGUUAGCAGAAUUACAACUUGAAGAGGAGAAAGAAUGGACUUGGUCACGGAUAAUUGGCACUCCAAAUAGUUUAUGCUUGGAAAAUUAUUGGAUUACACUUGCAUCAUCAUAGUAUCGUCUGCAAUCUCUCACCACAUGACAGGGAUCUUAUCACAAGCACUUGGUGUACUGACAAACAUUCUUGUUAACAGCUUAACUCCUCCAGAGGCUGAAAUAGUUGUGAUGUGCAGCUGAAAAGCCCGGGGAGAAAAGCCAUCUGAACAAAUAUGUUAAAAAAAUAUAAACAUCAAAUAGAUAAUAUAUAAAAUGCAUAUUUAGAUUAA